GUGGAUGCAAGUCCUUCGGCAUUAUGGGUUCAUUGUUGGCGACCUUUGGUGCAGUGUAUGGCAAGAUUGUGUUGUGAUUGUCGCAGACAAGUUCGCACUCAAGCUUUGAACUACCUUGUGCGUUCAUUUUUGAUAGCCGAUAUGCAAGCGAUGAGUGCUUUGGACUGGGAGAAUUGUUUCGGCGAUGUACUGUUCCCGUUGGCGCAUAAACUGCUCGAUAAUCUCUCACCGAUGGAUCCGAUUGGAAUGGAGGAAACACGCGUUCGCGCUAUGCAGUUAAUCUGUAAAAUAUUACUCAAUCACUUGACGUGA